AAGCUUCACAAAUCAAACUCAUUCAGCGGCGAGAGAAGGAGGAGAGGGAGAACCGGGAGCACGCGGAAAGCGGCGGCGGUGGAAAAGGACCCCUAUCUUCAACUAUCUGGAGGGGGGAAGCACUCCAGAACCCGUGGUGAUCGGAGAGAACCACCGAUCAACCGGGAAUCCAAGGAUAAGCGGCAUCCGACUAAACAAGGAAAGGAGAUGCGAUUCUCGCGGCGGCGCGACGGAUUCUGCUGUGAUACCGAGCGUGUGCCCGCGAGGGGCAGGAGGAGGCUGCACGGGACGGGCGACGCGCACAGCUGUGCACCGGAUUACUAGCUGGCCAUGGACGGGUCUUUAGUGGCAGUGGUUCAACCCCGUGUUUGAGUCCGAGUUCUCUGAGUUAAAGGAUAGGUAGUGGUAGCCCCCCACCCCAGGGGGCAUCGUCUCUUCCUCACCAUGAAGAUCGUGCUGGCCAACUUAUUCGCUCUUCUCUUCCUGUGCACUUGCCUCAGCGUGCUCUACGUGUGGACCACUCUGGAGAGCCGCCUGGACCGCCACAAGCGCAGCACCUUUCCGGGACCCGCGGUGGACCAUCCGAGGUCCCUGCGCUCCGGCGGCCCGUCCACCGACCCCUCGCCCAAAACUUUCCGGGCUCUGCUGGCCGUCCCCGCGGCAGAGAGACUGCAGCGGCCCGCCGGGGUCUACAACCUCAGCGCCUCCACAGGGAGUCCGGAUCACCGUAUGUCAUAUCACGGAGAUAACGAGGGGGGGUCCGCGCGACGGGCACGGGGAGGGGAGGAUAGAGCGGACCGGUUCGACCCCAACCCCGUGGAGGACGGGAUCUUCUGGAGCCAGCGGUUGGAGGAACAACUGUCUGCCGGCUUCACGGAGGAGCACGCCCUGGCUUGGCGCGCCCGAGCCCGGGCUCAGCGGGUGGUGCGGCUGGAGCCCGGCUGCGGCCGGAUCUCCAACCAGCUCGCCACUUUCUCGGACGGGACCCGCGCGUGCGUGCGCUACGGGAUCAACGCGGACCAAGUGCAGGGGGAAACUUUGACGUCGUGCCUCGCGACACUGCUGGGCAUCGCCAACCUGCCACCCCUCGCGCUGUCCCAGCUUAGCGGGACCGGGGCCGGGGCGGCGGGGGGCGGCGAGCAGUGGGCCGCCGUGAGGCGGCGCGUGGAGGGGCUGCAGUGGAGCGAGCGUGCCGUGGUGUCCCUCACGGAGUGGGUGGCCAACCUGACCGGGGUGGUGACGCCCUCCCUGCUCCGACAGGAGGGUGGAGAUGGUGGAGGAGUUGGAGGAGGGCUCCAUCCGUUCCGCCAAGAGCUGCGGAACAAGACGAGGGCGGAGUUGUUCGAGCUGAUGCAGUGGAGCGACCUGAUCCUCAUGGACUACCUCACGGCCAACUUCGACCGGCUGGUGAGCAACCUGUUCAGCCUGCAGUGGGACCCGCGCGUCAUGGAGCGGGACACCAACAACCUGCUGCGCGCGCCCCGUGGCGACCUGCUGUUCAUCGACAACGAGGCAGGGCUCGUUCACGGCUACCGCGUGCUGGGCAUGUGGGAGAAGUACCACGACACGGUGCUCGGUUCGGUGUGCGUGUUCCGCCGAAGGACCGCGAGGCGCGUGGCCGAGAUGAGCGCGCGGCAGGACGCGCGGGCGAGGCUGCUGGAGUUGUACCGGGACACGGAGCCACUGGCGCCCGUGCUCGGCUUCCUCUCCGACGAGCACGCAGGGCUCCUGCAAGCCCGGAUAGACACCGUGCACAGACACAUAUCGCAAUGUAGAGAGAAGUACGGCCGGCUUUGACCUUUGACCUGCUACCCGUCACAGAGCGUUACUGAGGUCUCGCCUUCCUCCCCCCCAGUCCCGUCACAGAGCGUUACUGAGGUCUCGCCUUCCUCGCCCCCGUCCAAUCAAAGAGCGUUACUGAGGUCUCGCCACUGCAAAAAUGCGAUAGGUUUUAAUAUUGUUGUGCAUUGGAUACUACUGUUAAAACUACCUCUUGUAAAUACGUCUCUUUGCCUACACGUUAUAGGGGUCAUCUUUAAUUUGUGGAUCGACCUAUACGCCGCCCCCCCCCCCCCCCCCCCCCUUGCAGAAACGUCAUUCCAGAAUUGGAUUGCUAAAAGAAAAAAAAAUGAUUACAGCGAGUGCAUUUUUUAUGUUCUGUCGCCGCGCAUUUUACGAUUGUUGAAACUAAUGUGUGGUUAUAAAUAGUGGUGGUGUUUGGUGUCAUAACACUGCGCCACGUGGCCCUGGCUUAGUGCCCGUCCCUCCUGCUAAAAGCCUUAACAUGAGCUCACGCUACAUCGUCUUCAUAGUUUGGCACAUCUCUUUCCCCCUUUUCCCUUUGCUCUUUUUAACAGAAGACUGUUUUUUGCACAAUUCGAAUGGCUUACUAGCGAGCACCAGUGAUUUGGGUCCUGUAAUAUCGUGAUGAUGACUUGUAUACUACUACUCAGCCUUAAUGACUUAACGUGUACAUAAACACCCAUUGUAUAUAUUGUAAAGUAUACUGUAAAUACAGUGCCUGUCACAAUGUCCUUUCUGGAAAUGUCAUGCUCCACUAAGUUAUGUGCAUUGUAACAUUCCAAGUCUCUUUUGAUAAAUGUAUUGUAAUUUAAGCCAG